AGAAUCCGGCUUGACAGCUGUCACAGUGUUUAUUUUCCGUGGGAUUUUUGACCCAUUUUUCACACUGAAAAAUUGUGUAUUUUUCCAGGAUUUUCCACUAAAGUUUGUCAGCGGAAAGAUUCACUAGGAUGCCCUCUUCCGAAUGGGAUGACCUGAGGAAACUCGCCAGACGACUGGAGAAUGAUAUUGACUUGAAGCUGGUGGCUUUUAGUAAAGUGGGAUCGGGUGGAAGUACUUCCACUAGCUCGGAUUCGGCUCCUCUUCUCGGUGAACAUAUCUUUGACAAUCUCUCUAUGGAAAUCGAACAAAUGCUGGACAGGCUCUCUACCAUCAAUGAUAAAAUGGCAGAACUUCCAUCCAGCGGCACUUCCAUGAUGAUUCAUACGCUGCAGAGACACAGGGAGAUCUUGAAUGGCUACCGGCAGGAAUUCAGCAAGAUCCGUGCUAAUCAUACCACGAGAAUAGAACGAGAGGAACUUCUGAGAGGUUCUGGAAUUGGCAAUUCCUCAUCUUCCAUCUCAAGUGGGGGGCUCAGUAGGCGGGAUAUGUAUCUCAAGGAGAGUUCCCACCUCAAUUCCUCCCACAGUCUCAUCAAUGAUCAGAUCAAUAUUGCGAUUGAGACGAAGGAGCACUUAACGUCCCAGAGGCAGUAUUUCAAGCGUCUUCAGACUCGCUUCAACGACAUUUCCAAUCGUUUUCCCAUGAUAUCGAGCUUGAUCCAGCGCAUCAACAUGAAGAAACGGCGAGAUUCUUUGAUUCUCGGUGGUGUUAUUGCCGUCUGCACCUUCCUCCUUCUUCUCUAUGCAUUUCACUAGAGCACCAGUCGCCGCUAAGGCCAAAAAACACUUUUAUUUUGUCCGUAAAAUAUCAAUUAUCGUUUAUAUUGAGUUUUGGAAUAAAAAAUCACAGUUACAUUUUGAA